AUGUCAUCGCUCAUCGGAGUCGCUCUUGGCGCUCUGUCAUUGGUGUCAGCAGCAAUCAUACCCACGGGUAACAAGACAACUAUCAUCGAGAGAGAUGUUGUGAUUCUAGGCGGAGGUGCUUCUGGAGCUCACGCAGCCGUAAGACUCCGCGAAGACUAUAACAAGACAAUUGUCGUCGUGGAAAAACAGAACCGCAUUGGCGGUCGCGUCGCAACCUUCACAGACCCCGAAACUGGAAAUCCAUAUGACUUUGGUGUAAACUCAUAUACGGAUUACGGCGGCGCCCGCGAUUUCUUCGCCCGCUUCAAUAUCCCUGUGCAGACUCCAGUCAGACAGGUAUUGACGACCACGUAUGCCGACUUCAGCACAGGAAAGACAACCAACUACUCCUUACCGGCUUCCGCGGACGCUACAGCUGCCCUGAAGGCUUAUCUCGAGCAGUACCUCACCCUCAAGUUCUCCGACUUCGUCAAGAAGCACAACCUUCAGGCGGCUGUUCCUCGCAUCUUUCAGACCACCGGUCUUGGUCUGGGCAAUAUCGCCGACCAGACAACUUUGUACGUCAUGCAGGGCUUCGGCGCACCCAUCACUCGGUCAUUCCUGGGCACAGUUGGUUCCUUCGUGCCUGUAUCCAGGCGAAACCAAGACAUUUAUGAUGCCAUUGCAGACCUCCUCGGCGACGAUGUCCUCUACUCGUCCACAGCUAUCAAUACCUCCCGUAUCGAGGAUGGCGUGGAGGUUCUUGUUCGUGGCCCCGACAACAAGCAGACACUGAUUAGGGCCAAGAAGCUUCUUUUCUCUUUUGAGCCUACAAUUGCCAAUUUUGACGGCAUAGAUAUCAGCGACGAGGAGGCGGCUGUCUUCUCGAAGUGGGAAUGGACUACCGUCCACGCCGGCAUCGUUUCCCACCCUUCCUUGCCCAUCAGCUACUCCCUCACUAACAACGUUCCCACAAACUGGAUCUCCCUUCCUAAGACUCCCUUCGUUGGACGCUUCGAUUACCUCGGCGACAACAACUUCCGCGUGCUCAUCACCGGCUCCUCCAAUUACGAUAGCACUCAGGCACAAGCUCUAGUCAGAAAGUCCCUCAAGUUGCUAGCUGACGCUGGUACGAUCCCGAGCCUCGGUGCCGAGCAGCUCAAUGUGAAAGCCUGGGCUAACCACGGUGCCGUGAGCCUGCGUGUGCCUGGCGCUGAGCUGGCAGCUGGACAUAUUACUGAGCAAUACGCUCUUCAGGGUCGUAGAAGCACAUACUACACGGGAGCUGCAUGGUCUGCGCAGUUCACCACCAUCUUGUGGGAGUACAACAACCAGUAUCUCCUACCAAAGCUGCUGGCAGAGUUUUGA